AUGGGUGGAGAGGGUGCGGUGGGCGCGCGCGCGGUGACGAUCUCGGGGGCGACGACGGCGCCCGUGGGGGCGUUGAUCGUGAUCCCAGGGCUCACCGAUGGGCCGGAGUCGUUGGCGUACGGCGCGAGCGAGGGUUCGGCGCUCUCGCGGGCGUGCGAGGAGCGACGCUGGGCGUUGGUUCGGUUUGAGCUGUCGUCGAGCUACGAUCGGUACGGGACGUGCACGCUGGACGAUGACGCCAGAGAUAUCGACGCGGUGAUCGCGCACGUGAUGUCAACGAGGCCGAGCGCGCGGGAGAUCGCGCUCUUGGGGCACUCGACGGGGUGUCAGAGCAUUUGUCACUUUAUUGCGCGCGGGUACGAGACGUCGAAAGCGGUGAAGCGCGUCGUGCUUCAAGCGGGUGUCUCGGAUCGGGAUUGGUACGAAAAGGACGCGGGACGCGAGGCCAUGGCACAGGCGAUCGAGCGAGCGGAAGCGAUGGCACCGGAUGAGCUGAUGCCGAAGGAAACGCCCGGGACGUACGGCGUGGCGACGACUGCUCGGCGAUUUCUCUCGCUCGCAAAACCAGGCGGAGACGACGAUUGGUUUUCGCUCGACCUCUUCGAUGGCACGCGCGAGGACGCGUCGAAGAUUCCUAGACUCACCGGUUGCGCGCACGUGGACGUACGAUUGGUCGUUUCCACGCUCGAUGAGUACGUGCCGUACGACGCGUCCACCGUGUUGGCGCACGCUGAGCGCGUUCGAACAAGCUUUGAGCGCGUAUCGAAGAGCGCGCGCGCGCACUUUAUCGCCGCCAAUCACGAUUUGAGCGACAUGCGGGAGGAAGAUGUGCCGGGAUUCGUCGAGUUCGUCUUCACGUGA